AUGUCCGGCCGGUUUGACCCAACCCGGACAUCCAAGGUUGAGCUGAGCAAGGCGCAGAUCGCCUCGCGGGUGAACUUCAUCUCCCAGGCGAAGUUGCCCGACAACUGGGACUGGGGGCUGGAGCCCUACAACCGGGCGGAGAUGCCGCCUGUCCUUUUCAAUCGCCAGAGGGUUGAGGAAGGCAAUCUGGAACGCAGGCGGUGGACGUCGGAUCACGUCGAUUCGGCUGACCAAGCCGGUGAUGAUGAGAGCCCGGAGGCGGAUCAUCAAGCCGGCCAAGGGGAGCACAACCCGCCGCCUUCUCCGCACCAGCCGGAGGACAAGCAGGAGGAGGAGGGGGAGGCGACGUCCGCCUCGGUGCCGAUCCGGGCGGUGCCCGUGUCGAUGAGGCCGCCUUCUACCUCGGCGACUUCCUCAUCCGCGCCCAAAGGGAAGAAGCGGGCCAGCGAGCGGUCCACGGCCGCGCUGGAGGCGAAGGUGAAGAAGCAGCGCCGGAUGGGGCCCAAGAAGGUUGCGGAAACGGCCGAGGCUGCUAUAGUGUUCUCCAAGGGCGGCGGCUCUCGGCCGACUCCCAGCGUCGUGUCGCCGGUCCAGCGGCAGAGGAGGGAGCCGACCCCGCAGCCUACAUCGCGUGCGCGCACGCCACACGUCGUCGUGCCGCAUGUGGUCACGCCACUUGCCGCGGGGGCAGGCUCUUCAACUGCACCUUCUUCUGAAGCGCCCGGCUCCGGCUCUCGGAGUGAGCCGGCUCGCCGUGUCGGCCAGCCGACCCUCGACGAUCUCUUCCCGCGCCGCACUCGGCUUCUAGAGCCUACGGCCGGAGCUGGUAGAGGUGCACCCGGCGGGGCCACGCCUCCUGCAGCUGGAGUCGGCGGGGCGGCGCCUGACGUCGUCGUCCUGGACGCAAGUUCGGACGAAGCGCCGCUUGCGUCAGGGUCUGCCGUCCCUAGCGGGCCAGCUGCUUCGGUCGUGCCGCCUCCAUCUUCAGAGCCGGCGCGCCCGACUGACGCCGAUGCCCGGGCGUUGGUGACGACGAAGGGCCCGGCGGAGCCGCCUCAAGCCUUGGCUCAGCCGGCACCAUGGAGAAGGAUUGGCACCAGGCGGAUGCCUGCGAGGUGA